AUGCAAAGAAGAGAGAGAUCCUUCAUCCUUGUGAAGGGAAGGGAAGGGAAGGGACUCAUUUACAAUCUCCUAACGUCUCUGUCAGAGCAGAGCAGAGUUAAUCAGGAGCUUCAAUUUGGGCUGAUCCUCCUCCUCUUGCUUCCAUCCACAUUCCUUCAAUACUCUCAAUUCCAAGGUGCUAUAGCAAAGAAAAGAAAAAGAGCGGCCACCAAAGACAUAGCUGGAAUUUCUCUAGAAGAUAUUGUUAAAUACUUUGAUCUUCCGAUUGUGGAGGCCUCGAGGAACUUGAGAAUUGGCCUCACAGUUUUGAAAAGGAAGUGCAGAGAACUUGGAAUUCCUCGUUGGCCGCAUAGGAAAAUAAAAUCCCUUGACAGCCUCAUACACAAUCUUCAGGAAGAAGCAGUGCGGCAAGAGCAGGAGAGUGAGGAUGCAGCCAGGGCAGUGGCCAAGAGGAAAAAGAUGUUGGAAAGAGAGAAGGAGAAUAUAGAAAGGAAACCAUUUAUGGAGAUACAAAGCGAGACCAAGAAAUUCAGGCAAGACGUUUUCAAGAGAAGGCAUAGAGCUCGAUCCCUUCAAAGCCAAGGGAACUUAGGAUCGCAUGUUGGUCAUUGUCAAUAUGCUAACUAUGCAAACUAGAACUUGUCCAUUUGGAUAUGAUAGAAAACCCAACUUAGUGGUUAUGUACAGUUUUGCUUUCACAGCUCUUUCCAUGUCAUGUGAUGCUUAUUGAAUGUGUAUUGGGUUUUUGUUUUUGUUCUUAUAUAUGCAGCCAGCUGGCAAGUUAUUUCUGCUU